CGGUCUUGCAUUUAUGGUGCGCUGUGAACAACCGACUAUUAAUCAUGGCAUCGAUAGCUAGAUUAGACGGAAAAGUCGCAUUGAUUACAGGGGCCAGUUCCGGUAUUGGGGCAGGGACAGCCAUUUUGUUUAGUAAACUUGGUGCAGAGGUAGCCAUCACAGGCAGAAAUGUUGACAAUCUGGCAAAAACAGCUGCCGAGUGUGAAAAGGGAAACGGAAAAAAGCCGUUUACUCUCAACGGUGAUCUAACAAAUGAAGAUUUUGUGAAGCAACUUGUGGAUGAAACAGUAAAGCAUUAUGGGAAGUUGGACAUACUGGUCAAUGAUGCCGGAAUAGUGAAAACUGGAACCAUUGAAACAACGACACUGGAGCAGUAUGAUGAAGUUAUGAACAUUAAUGUCAGAUCUAUAUAUCAUCUGACUAUGCUUGCAGUUCCUCAUUUGGUCAAAACAAAAGGAAGCAUUGUCAAUGUAUCGAGUGUGAAUGGCGUUAGAUCAUUUGGUGGCGUUUUGUCAUACUGUAUGUCUAAGAGUGCCAUCGAUCAGUUUACCAGAUGUACUGCGAUAGAGUUGGCCCCAAAGCAGGUCAGGGUAAACAGUGUAAACCCUGGUGUGACCAUCACUGAGAUCCACAAGAGAGGGGGCAUGGAUGAGGAGGCCUAUCAAAAGUUUCUAGAGCGCUCCAAAACAACACAUGCGCUAGGACGGCCCGGUCAGGUGGAGGAGGUGGCCAAUGCGAUUGCUUUCCUGGCUUCAGACAGUGCUUCCUUCAUCACAGGAGUACAAUUACCAGUGGAUGGCGGUAGACACGCUCUUUGUCCACGAUAGGCAUGCAGAUAAACAGAUUCCAAAGAAAACUUACAGAAAAAAUGAACUCAGAAAAAUUGUUAAUCUGGAUUUUUAUUGUGAGAUCAGUCGAGUGGGCAGUUGAUUAGCAUUUUUUGCAAAAUGAUCCUUUGAUGUGAUGAUUGCAUGAGAAAAUGAAAAUUUAUAAAAAUGAGUAGCAGACAUGUAUAUGUGGUAUGGGAGUAUUGAAAAUUACAUUAAUUUUGUAUAUUCCAAAAUCAUACAUUUUGUAGUGCUGUUUACUGUAACGUACAGAUAUAGUCUCCUGAAAACAGGCUUUGGGAUUUGGUUUUAGUGUCUUUUUCUUCUCAUUUCUUACAUUGGAAAGUUGGUGCAUGUAAACCAAUAAUCUAGUCUUAGCUUAUCUACAUAUUAUAUCACCCAUGAGAGUCAGUCACCAAACACAUUUUGAUUUAUUUCUGAUAAAACAUGAUGCAGAAUAAAUAUUAAUUCUGAUGGUAACCUGUGAUAAAACGUGAUACAGAAUAAAGAUUAAAAUAAUAAUAUAAGCAGAAA